AUGGACCAAAAUCAAAAAUUCUACAUUUCUAGUUUACUACAGGAAACACCUACUUCAUUGGCGAAAAUAGAUGAGUCCACUAAAUCCCCAUCCCAAUCCCCAGUUCCCACCGGUAGUGAAUGUUCGUUGAACGACUCUUCCGAUGCAAACCAAGAUCCUAAAUCAGAUAUCAAAGAUGCAGCAAAAAUUGGUUUUAACGCUUGGACUUACAUGAGCCAACAGCUAGCAGCACAGUUAUCCCAAUCUGGAAUGAACAGGCCUGGAGGUGUUCCCCCACAACUUCCUCUAUUAAACAUGAACGUCGCCCAGCCAAUGGGAAAUGUGUUCGAUCCCCGAGCCUGGCUUUACCCAUAUUUGAGCAAAUCCCCACAGAAAAGGAAAGGAGGGCAAAUCAGGUUCACCAAUGAGCAGACUGACGCAUUGGAGCACAAGUUUGAUAGUCACAAGUAUCUUAGUCCACAGGAAAGGAAAAAACUUGCCAAGUCUUUAAGUCUCAGUGAACGACAGGUCAAGACAUGGUUUCAAAAUCGACGUGCCAAAUGGCGUCGUGUACGUAAAGAUGGUGAAGACGAGGACGAGAUGCCAAAUGGAGCGUCAGCAAGAAGCCUUGGACAACUUCAGGCGUCAAAUCCUUAUCUUCACUGCUAA